GAGAGUGGGUCUUUCCACGUUUGUUCGUGUGAGUAUCGGAAUUCCAUCGACCCCUUCCUCCUUAAUCCUGCGUACUCCUUCUUUGCGCAUGCGGAUUUCUCUCCGGUCCUUCUUCAGCUUUCUGCUUCUUCUGAUAUACACAGGAAUUAUAACUCUAAUCUACAUCCAGAAGAACAGUUGCAGUCCAUACAAGACAGUUUGAUUUUUGCAGCUCAAGAUGCCAGCUACAGCGGGAAGGGUUCGCAUGCCUGCGAAUAAUAGGGUGCACAGUAGUGCAGCCCUGCAAACCCAUGGCAUAUGGCAGAGUGCAAUUGGUUAUGACCCGUACGCACCCAACAAAGAUGACUCAAAAUCAGCCAAUCAAAUGCCUUCAAACUCUGAGCCAGAGGGUGAGAAUGCUUACGCGAGCUUUCAGGGUCUCCUUGCCCUUGCGCGAAUAACUGGGUCUAAUGCUGAUGAGCCUCGCGGUGCUUGUAAAAAGUGUUGUCGUGUUGGGCACCUGACAUAUCAAUGUAGGAAUUUUUUGAGUGCCAAGGAUGAGAAUCAGGACAAAGACCCUGAAGGCAUUCAUGUGCAAGCAUUGUCUUGGUUGGAUAAACAGAGGGGAAGUGUUGGUAAGGUGAAUGGGAAAAAGGAGCUUCAGAGUGCGCCAGAGAGUGGGGAGGAAGAUGAGGAGACUGAUUCAGAUGUGGAUUCGGAGAUUGAGAGGAUUAUUGCUGAGAGAAAUGGAAAGAAGGGUGGUACUAAUGGGAACUCCUUGAGGAAGGAGAAAUUGGAUAAAGAUGAAUCAGAUUUAGAUUCUGGGAAGAGGAGAAAAAGAGGAAGGUCAAAGAAAAGGAGGAGUAAGAAGAGGGACUCUAGCGAUUCAGAGGACGAGGAUCCAGGUAGGAGAAAGAGGAGGGAGGAGAAGAGGAGAAAAAGGGAUGAGUCCUCAGAAGAAGAGGAGGAGCGUCAGUGCCGUAGGAGGAAGAGCAGGAAGGAAAAGAGGGGACGAAGAAGUAAUCGAUAUUCAGAUGAAUCGGAUUCUGAUGUGGCAGGUGAUUCCAGUAAACGGCAUAAGCGGAAGAGCAGAAAGGCUUUGUCACAUUCCGAUUCUGAUGCAAGUGGCUCUGACCACUUGCGGGUUGGAAGGGACAAGAAAAGGUCUGCGAAGAAAAAUAGGAAACACCAUCGUGAAGAAUGAUGAUUGAAGUCAAUGUACCAAGGCAUGUGUAGAGAAAUGGAUGGGUUGAUCGACCUAGAUGUUCUAAGCAAGUGAUGGAAGUAAUGCUGGAAGGGCAUUGUUCUCUUGAGAUAAUUUCUAUUACAUGUGGCUGUUAAAAGUGUUUCGGUAUCUGUAAGUUACAGUAUGGAGCUGGAAUUACUUUAUUGAUGUUACUGGUGGAUCCAGUGCUUGAACACACGUUCUUGUAUCUGGAUAUAUGAUGAGGAUGUUCUCAGCUAUGUUUAUGAUAUAAGUUUUCUUUAUUUAGUA